UCCCUCACAUGAUCAAAAGUUUUCUGAUGUGAGGACUGUUACUGUAACGGUUAAAAUUAAUAUUUCGAAUCGAAAGAUUUCUUUUUACUUGAGCAGUUGAAUGAUUGAGAUUAAUAUAUGUUCAGUUUAUGAGUUCUUAUAAUUAUAGAAGUAUAAAUAGGAUAUACAUAUAAAAUUGCAAUAUCGUGACAGAUCAGAAUCCUUACUGAAGCCUUAAAUACUGAAUAAACUUGCUAUCUUUUAAUAGAGAUUAUUACAGGUUAUCAACAUACUCUGACGUGGAUUAGAGAAGGAAGAAAAAUUUAUGGUGAGUAUGUAUUGUGUUAACCGUAUUAUCAAUACACGUUUGAAAGUAUUAAAAAUUUCGAUAAUUUUAGCAUGUUGCGUUAUGCUUUAUGCAUUUAUCUUACCAAAGUUUUCAAGAGUCGUGUAUUCAAUGACAGAUGAAAAAAAUAACAGGGACAAACAUCACCUUGCUGUGGUUGUGCCUUUUCGGAAUGCAUUUGAGGAGUUACUUCAAUUUGCUCCUCAUAUUCAUAAUUUUUUAAAUCAACAAAGAAUCCCUCAUUCAAUACAUGUAAUUAAUCAAGCAGACAAGUAUCGCUUCAAUCGAGGAUCUCUGAUAAAUGUGGGAUAUCAACUAACUCGCCACAUUUGUGACUACUUUGCAAUGCAUGACGUUGACUUGUUACCAUUAAAUCCAAAACUAAGUUACAGAUAUCCUGGAAAUGGACCAUUUCACAUUGCUUCUCCUGAACUGCAUCCCAUCUACCAAUAUUCAACAUUUGUGGGUGGAAUUCUCAUACUAACAAAUGAACACUUUGAACUUGUUAAUGGUUUAUCUAAUCGAUAUUGGGGGUGGGGUAAGGAAGAUGAUGAUUUCUACGAAAGAAUACGUGAUGCCAAUCUUAACCUAAGCCGGCCUAACAACGUGGGUAGUGGAAUGUAUAAUACUUUUCACCAUAUUCAUGAUUCUUCGGAACGAAUUCGCGACAAAAGUGUUUACGGUGAAAUUGAAUCCGAGUUGAAAAGAGGUAGGUCUUCAAGAGGCCUUGAUGAUGUACAAUACCUUUUACUUAAGACUCACUAUUUAGUCAUUAAUCAAGUCCCUGUUGUAAUGCAUGUUGUGAAACUAACUUGCAAUAUAACUUUGACUCCUUGGUGCGAAGCUGGAUAUGAAGACCUCAAAGAUUAAUGGCGGUUUUAAAAGGCUUCUUAACCAUUAAUGUGCAUAAACUCCUAAUUUGCUAUUUCAUGUACACAAACUUGAAAGUUGAAAGUAGUAAUGAAAGAUAUAAGUACUAUGAAGAAUACUGUUUGCUUACCUCAGUUCUCACGUCCACCAUGCAUUUCUUUAAUUUAAAUGAAUUAAUGUUUCCUUUGAAUAAAAUUUGUUU